UUGUAGAUCACACAAGAACCCGUGCCCGCAGGCACGUUCUAUUGUUCGUCGGCACGGCGCAGCGCUGACGUUGCAACUAUUCUCGUCGGCUCGGCUGACGUCACGAACCGACGCGUCUGGCGGUUUAUAUAAGGUCGUUAGGAGGCGUUAGAGCGCAGUCGUUGUGGUAUCACGAUAUUCGAUCACCAACCGGGAGAGAACGGAAGAAGCCGCUGUGGUUGCGAUAGCGCGUAGAUAGAGACCGAGAAAGAUCGAGAGGCAGAUAGAGAGAGUGAGAGAGAGAGACAAAGAGACACAGAGAGAGAGAGAAAGAGAGAGACAGAAACCGAGAGAGAAAUCCAACAUUCAAUCUACAUCCGUCCAGGAGAACUUCUUUUGCGAUCUCGGAGUUCCGACCAGUCAGUCGUAAGCAACCACUGUCCACGUGAACUGACCGCUGCCACCACUACCACUACCAGCAGCAGAGCUAUGACCAUCCCGGAUUGCUACGAGGUGCUCGGCCUGCGCCGUGACGCCACGGACGAGGAGAUCAAACGCGCCUACCGCCAGAUGGCGCUGCGCUGGCACCCGGACAAGAACCGCGGCGGAGCGAGCGAGGCGGUGGCCGAGGCUCGCUUCAAGCAGAUCUCCGAGGCUUACGAGAUGCUCUCCGAUCCGACGUCGCGGCGUCGCCACGACGCCGCCAGGUUCGGCGGCAGGGGGCGCCACCGCGCGCCAACGCGUGGCGCAGAUUUCCCGAGUUUCUUCCGGGCCGGCGGCGACCCCUUCUGCGGAUUCUGCUUCGACGACGACGAGUGGAUCGUCGGCGGCCGACGGUUCAAGGGCGAGCGGGCGCCGGCAGGGGGCGCUAACGCGAAGCGGACGUCGACGUCGACGCGAUUCAUCGACGGUAAGACGGUGGUGACGCGCACGAUCGUCGCCAACGGCGUCGCCACGGUGACGGUGCACGUCGACGGAGAACUCAAGUCGACGACGGCGACGGCGGCGUGAGGGGGCGCCACUGACGCGGGAGAACUGUUCCGUCGGUCAUUAUGUUAGUGAGAUAGUGAGAUAGUGAGAUAGUGAUAGAGAUAGUGAGGUAGUGAGAUAGCUGGAUGGAGACUGUGGCGGGAGAACUGGCUAGCAGGCUAUGUUGUCUCCGGAUCUGUGACCUUUGCGCGACUUUGAGAUGGUCGAUGCUUUACUGCACAGCCUGCUUGUGGCCUGUGCUCCUAUAGCCGACGGAUUCGAUCCAACAUCAAGUCGCUGCCCCGUGUUAUGGCUUCAGGUUUCCACUAAUUACUAGUCGACUGCACUCUACACACAAGGGGACGACGAAAAGAUCUAGCUAGUGGCUAGCACAUAGAAACAUCGCGCGUGGAGAUGGCUGGAUGUACAGGGACCGAGGUGCAAUAUAUAUUAUUAUAUAUAUAUAUACGAAUGUAUAUUCAUUGAGUGAUUGAUUGAUUGAAUGAUCGAUCGAUCUCAUUUAAUGAGCGUCAUAGACGUCAAGGUAAUGAAACACUACUGAUUUGGAAGCAUAGAGAUGUCGAUGGAGCUUUGUAUAAUGCUUUGUAAUAGACAUAAUCUAUCAUGUCUGGCGCAGUCGCAAUUCAUCAUUAUCGAAUUCAGUGAAACCUUUGGUACCGUACGGAAACUUUGCGGAAUAUUAUUAUUCCAACCGAUUGUAACAAUUUAUAUCUCGGAUUCGAAUUCAAGAAAUCAUUUUUGCUAUAAUUUGGCCACGGGUUUCGUUCUAGAAACAGGUGGCUUGUAAUGUGCCAUGUAGUGUGGAGUGCUUAACACUUUAUUGUACAUAUAAAAUGUGUCGGAUUUUGUGAUAGGUGUAUAUAUAUAUAUAUAGUAAUUUAUUUAAACACCACUGUGAUUGGUUUAUACGCACCGGUUUUCGAUUUGGAAUGAGAGCGAUGUUUAUGGGAGAGUAAUAAACUAAAGCUUCCUUUGUGAUUUAUACGAAA